UUAUGUCAUGUUAUGAUUGAACUGGGUAAGUUAUCGCGAAUGCGACGGUGUUUUGCUUGGUGGUGAUUUCCACGCAUGUCCGAUUCAUUUGUGGCGCAUUUUUGGAAUUGUGGGUGAUUCAGGCUGUUUUUAUGCAAAAUUUAGCAAAAAGUAAUAGAUAAAUGAUUAUUAAAUGGUUGAUAAUAAAUGAAGAGGUUUAACAAGUGCAAUUAAGUUGAAACUAAUCCCACAAUUUCUACACGAGCUGUAGUUGUCAGCUAAGACCUGAAGCCAUGGAGGUGGAUGAGUCUGAUGUCGACUCCGUGCUGCAGCAGUUCAGCUGCAUGGGCACCACAGACAGAGAUGUGCUCAUCUCUCAGUUUCACAAGCUUGUUGGUGAUGGAGCCAAUGAAAGGGAUGCUGCCUUCUAUUUGGAAAUGAACAAUUGGAACCUACAGGAGGCGGUGGGCGCCUACUUUGACCUGCAGAGCGGGCCCGUGCAGCUGCUGCCGCCGCCCUCGCCCUCGCUAGUACUCAUCGAGGACGCCACGGUGGGCGAGGGCGAGAGCGUACCGCCCGACACCACCUUCAUCAAGACGUGGCGCAUCAAGAACGCCGGCCGCGAGCCGUGGCCCCCCGGCUGUGUGCUGCGCUUCCUGCACGGCAGUCAGCUCUCAGAGAAGACUUUCAUACCGCUCAGCUGCCUGGCGCCGGACGAGGUGGCCGAGGUCUGUGUCCAGAUGCGUUCACCCGGCGAGCCGGGCAUGUACCAGAGCAAGUGGCGCGCCACCACCGCCUCCGGCUCCCACUUUGGAGACGUGAUCUGGGUGAUUCUGACGGUGCAGCACGACGGCGUGCUGGCGGUGACGCAGCAGAUGACCCGGCUGACCGAGCUGGGUACCUCGCCCACCGCCGGCUCGCCCGUUAACCCGUUCGGGGAGCCGGACGGACGACCGCGACCGCACGGCCUCCCCGCCUUCUCCGGCGUGAACGCGCCCGGCAGACCGCCGCCAACGCCGCCACCGCACACGGCACUCCAGCCUGAACAUGCGUGUGAACUUCCAAACACUGACGCGGAGAUGGACUGAGAGGCGCCGGCUCCCGUCCGUGCUCGCCUGCUCCGGCUCCGGCUCCGGCCGCUCCGGGACGCGCCCCGACCAGCCGCGGCUCCCGCGCCGCUCCCCGGUAUCCGAGGGUCCCGGGGCCGCCCCCACAGGCCGGUCGGCGCCGCGCUGAACUCCGUCCGAGCACUGACACUCGUCGGGACGGUGUGGGCCUCACGCACCACGAGCGGACCCGCGCGGCCGUGCCACAGCGCCGCCGCCGCGCGACCCUAUUUUUUACAUUGAAAUGCGAUUGUGCUUGGCUUCUGAGACAGCGUUCGAGGAGCGCUAUAUCAGACAAAUCUUUUAGUGUCGUGCGGGGUUUUUGCUGGAUUGUAUCUCUAGUGCUGCGCUCGUCUUUUGAACGCAUCACCUGGUGAGAAAAUGGGGAUAAAGGGACAUGAUAUCUGUGUAUGCUAUAGAAUAUGCUGUUAUUGAUCUUUCCACGCCCAUCAAACGUAAUAGCACUGUAAUUCUGGACUUUGGUAGACUGACUGAAUCGUUAUAUUGGGCGCCAAGUACUUGUAUUGAAUACAGUGAACUGUAUGCA